AUGGUGGAUGAGGUGGAACCGGCAGCAACCUGCAGCUCCCGCAAGCCCGGCCUCUGCUCUGCCCAUCCUUACAUAAGCAGUGUAUUUGUUUAUGUCACGACGCGUGAUUCCCCCGCCGCUAAGCCCAAAGCGGCAACGAGGAUCAACAAACGCGACAAUCUUGUUCCUGAGAUCCUCGAUUCAUACUUCUGCGAUCCGUUUUGGCAUUGCCCGCUUUUCACGCCUACAUCCUGUCAGCGAAGAUUUCCUUCAAUUUGCGCCCGAUUCCUCAACUCCAAAAAGAAGACGACCCCGCCUCGACCUUUUCGGGCGUCGCUAUCGAAAGCUAUCGCUUCCAAUCCAACAUUCCAGCCCCUCCUGCCCAACUUUCGCGUGGUCUGCACCCAAUUCACGUCCGCGCUUUUUUUCGCGAGUGGGGAUUUUACCCCUUGCACACAGGGACUUUCCAAAGGAUACUUGGAAUACUGGAACAAACUUCUAACAUCCCGCGGCAUUGGCACUGCCUUGUUCCGUCCUCCUCCUCGGAAGGGAAAGAAAGGAAAGGGCACUCUCGUUGAUCUGAAUGACCCUUCCACCAACCAACCCCCCUCGUCACCACCCCAUCAUCUCCCGUCACCCCUCCCAUUUACCCGGCACUGGCUUCGCCACCUCGUAAGGCAGAAGGUUCACCCUGAAACAUUCCUGGACGACCCUUUCGAAACCACCCGGGCCCAGCGCAAGACACACACAGCACGAUCACUUCUAGCGCUCCAACACACGCGUGCGCCCUACUUCUCCGGACUGUGUCAAAGUCCCCCGUGA